GUUUAUCUUCCCCCCCACUCGAAUGGGUCCAGAGAGCCAGUUUAGUGACUUCCUGGAUGGACUAGGCCCCGCCCAGAUCGUAGGCCGACAAACACUAGCCACGCCCUCCAUGGGUAAGUCAGAUCAUUGGAGUCUCUGUCUGAAAACAGCUUCUUUGAUAUGAUAAUGUAAUAAAUACCAUUAUGCCUUUACUAUAGUGUAUACAGUGCAAUCGGAAAGUAUUCAGACCCCUUGACUUUUUCCACGUUUUGUUACGUUACAGCCUUAUUCAAAAAUUGAUUAAAUCGUUUUUUUCCUCAUCAAUCUACACACAAUACCCCAUAAUGACAAAGCAAAAACAGAUUUGUAAUUUUUUUUGCUAAUUUAUUACAAAUAAAAAACUGAAAUAUCACAUAUACUUAAGUAUUCAGACCCUUUACUCCGUACUUUGUUGAAGCACCUUUGGCAGUGAUUACAGCCUCGAGUCUUCUUGGGUAUGAUGCUACAAGCUUGGCACACCUGUAUUUGGGGAGUUUCUCCCAUUCUUCUCUGCAGAUCCUCUCAAGCUCUGUCAGGUUGGACGGGGACCGUCGCUGCACUGCUAUUUUCAGGUCUCUCCAGAGAUGUUCAAUCGGGUUCAAGUCCGGGCUCUGGCUGGGCCACUCAAGGACGUUUAGAGACUUGUCCCAAAGCCACUCCUGCGUUGUCUUGGCUGUGUGCUUUGGGUUGUUGUCCUGUUGGAAGUGAACCUUCGCCCCAGUCUGAGGUCCUGAGCGCUCUGCAGCAGGUUUUCAUCAAGGAUCUCUCUGUACUUUGCUCCGUUCAUCUUUCCCUCGAUCCUGACUAGUCUCCCAGUCCCUGCCGCUGAAAAACAUCCCCACAGCAUGAUGCUGCCACCACCAUGCUUCACCUUGGGAUUGUGCCAGGUUUCCUCCAGACGUGACGCUUGGCAUUCAGGCCAAAGAGUUCAAUCUUGGUUUCAUCAGACCAGAGAAUCUUGUUUCUCAUUGUCUGAGAGUCCUUUAGGUACAUUUUGGCAAACUCCAAGCAGGCUGUCAUGUGCCUUUUACUGAGGAGUGGCUUCCGUCUGGCCACUCUACCACAAAGGCCUGAUUGGUGGAGUGCUACAGCGAUGGUUGUCCUUCUGGAAUGUUCUUCCAUCUCCACAGAGGAACUCUGGAGCUCUGUCAGAGUGACCAUCUGGUUCUUGGUCACCUCCCUGACCAAGGCCCUUCUCCCCCGAUUGCUCAGUUUGGCCGGGCGGCCAACUCUAGGAAGAGUCUUGGUGGUUCCAAACUUCUUCUAUUUAAGAAUGAUGGAGGCCUCUGUUUUUUGGGGGACCUUCAAUACUGCAGUCAUUUUUCGGUACCCUUCCCCAGAUCUGUGCCUCGACACAAUCCUGUCUCUGAGCUCUACGGACAAUUCCUUCGACCUCAUGGCUUGGAUUUUGCUCUGACAUGCACUGUCAACUGUGGGACCUUAUAUAGACAGGUGUGUGCCUUUCCAAAUCAUGUCCAAUCAAUUUAAUUUACCACAGGUGGACUCCAAUGAAGUUGUAGAAACAUCUCAAGGAUGAUCAAUGGAAACAGGAUGCACCUCAAUUUCGAGUCUCUUAGCAAAGGGUCUGAAUACUUAUGUAAAUAAGGUAUUUCUGUUUAUAUAAAAAAAAAAUAUAUAUAUAUAAACAUUCUAAAAACCUGUUUUCGCUUUGUCAUUAUGGGUUAUUGAGUGUAUUAAUUCUAUUAAUUUAAUCAAUUUUAGAAUAAGGCUGUAACGUAACAAAAUGUGGAAAAAGUCAAGGGGUCUGAAUACUUUCCGAAUGAACUGUAUAGCUCCUCCCCCUUCAGUGUUUGCUGAUCUAAAUAUACCAAAUGGUGUAUGAAUAUGGGGAUGGCUCCACAUUAGAUACCAGACGGUGUAUGAAUAUGGGGAUGGCUCCACAUUAGAUACCAGACGGUGUAUGAAAAUGAUGAUGGCUCCACAUUAGAUACCAGAUGGUGUAUGAAUAUGGGGAUGGCUCCACAUUAGAUACUAGACGGUGUAUGAAUAUGGGGAUGGCUCCACAUUAGAUACCAGACGGUGUAUGAAUAUGGGGAUGGCUCCACAUUAGAUACCAGACGGUGUAUGAAUAUGGGGAUGGCCCCACAUUAGAUACCAGACGGUGUAUGAAUAUGGGGAUGGCUCCACAUUAGAUACCAGACGGUGUAUGAAUAUGGGGAUGGCUCCACAUUAGAUACCAGACGGUGUAUGAAUAUGGGGAUGGCUCCACAUUAGAUACCAGACGGUGUAUGAAUAUGAGGAUGGCUCCACAUUAGAUACCAGACGGUGUAUGAAUAUGGGGAUGGCUCCACAUUAGAUUAGAUACCAGAUGUGUUUUCUUUAAUGAAUUAAAAGUAAAAUAAAUAUUUGUAAUCUAUGCCAAAACAGUGGAACAGAUGUUAUAACAGACUAGACGCUUUCUGUCGCCUCCUGCUGGUCAACACCGGUACUGCACACUGGAAACUGCACUUUCUGAUCAGAUAUCAUAAUAGGGCCAGAAUGCGACCUGACCUGGAGAAAGUGGUCCCAGUUCUGGCCUAUAACUUGGCCCAGAGCUUUUCCUGGCCAGGUUUCAUGCUAAGUAAAAUCAUCUGCCCCUAAACAUGAGGAGUGUGUGUAAAGUGUGUCUGUAACGUGUGUGUUUUCCUCCUCAAGGUGACAUCCAUGUGGGUAUGGUGGACAGAGGAGGCCAGCUAGAGGUGGAGGUCAACCAGGCCAGAGGACUGACCCCUAAACCAGGGUCAAAGAACAUCCCAGGUACAAUACAAAACUACAGAACUUUAUUGUUCAUUUAUUCAUCCCAGGUACAAUACAAACCUAUAUAACUUUAUUGUUUGUCCCAGGUACAAUACAAACCUACACAACUUUAUUGUUUAUCCCAGGUACAAUACAAAGCUACAGAACGCAAUUGUUCAUCCCAGGUCAAAUCUGGGAUGAACAAUUGCGUUCUGUAGGUUUGUAUUGUUGGGUGGUCCUCUGUAGCUCAAUUGGUAGAGCAUGGCGCUUGUAACGCCAGGGUAGUGGGUUCGAUCCCCGGCACCACCCAUACGUAAAGAUGUAUGCGCACAUGACUGUAAGUCGCUUUGGAUAAAAGCUUCUGCUAAAUGGCAUAUUAUAAAUCAAAUCAAAUUUUAUUGGUCACAUACACAUAUUUAGCAGAUGUUAUUGCGGGUGUAGUGAAAUACUUGUGUUCCUAGCUCCAACAGUGCAGUAGUAUCUAACAAUUCACAAUAAUACACACAAAUCUAAAAGUAAAAGAAUGGAAUUAAGAAAUAUAUAAAUAUUAGGACGAGCAAUGUCGGAGUGGCAUUGACUAAAUACAGUAGAAUAGAAUACAGUAUAUACAUAUGAAAUGAGUAAAGCAGUAUGUAAACAUUAUUAAAGUGACUAGUGUUCCAUUAUUAAAGUGACCAGUGAUUCCAUGUCUAUGUAUAUGGGGCAGCAGCCUCUAAGGUGCAGGGUUGAGUAACCAGGUGAUAGCUGGCUAGUGAUGGCUAUUUAACAGUCUGAUGGCCUAGAGAUAGUCUCUCGGUCCCAGCUUUGAUGCAACUGUACUGACCUCGCCUUCUGGAUGAUAGCGGGGUGAACAGGCCGUGGCUCGGGUGGUUGAUGUCCUUGAUUAUCUUUUUGACCUUCCUGUGACAUCGGGUGCUGUAGGUGUUCAUGCCCUCAGACGAACCAACAAACAGGCAAAGCUUCAAUACAGGACUAAGAUUGAAUCCUACUACACCGGCUCUGAUGCUCGUCGGAUGUGGCAGGGCUUGAAAACUAUUAUGGACUACAAAGGGAAACCCAGCCACGAGCUGCCCAGUGACGCGAGCCUACCAGGUGGGCUAAAUGCCUUUUAUGCUCGCUUCGAGGCAAGCAACACUGAAGCAUGCAUGAGAGCACCAGCUGUUCCGAACGACUGUGUGAUCACGCUCUCUGUAGCCGAUGUGAGCAAGACCUUUAAACAGGUCAACAUUCACAAGGCCGCGGGGCCAGACGGAUUACCAGGAUGUGUACUCAGACCAUGUGCAGACCAACUGGCAAGUGUCUUCACUGACAUUUUCAACCUCUCCCUGACUGAGUCUGUAAUACCUAAAUGUUUCAAGCAGACCACCAUAGUUCCUGUGCCCAAGAAAGUGAAGGUAACCUGCCUAAAUGACUACCACCCCGUAGCACUCACGUCGGUAGCCAUGAAGUGCUUUGAAAGGCUGGUCAUGGCUCACAUCAACACCAUCUUCCCGGAAACCCUAGACCCACUCCAAUUUGCAUACCGCCCCAACAGAUCCACAUAUUACGCAAUCUCAAAUCGCUCUCCACACUGCCCUUUCCCACCUGGACAAAAGGAACACCUACGUGAGAAUGCUAUUCAUUGACUACAGCUUAGCGUUCAUCACCAUAGUGCCCUCAAAGCUCAUCACUAAGCUAAGGACCCUGGGACUAAACACCUCCCUCUGCAACUGGAUCAUGGACUUCCUGACUGGCCGCCCCCAGGUGGUAAGGGUAGGCAACAACACAUCUGCCACGCUGAUCCUCAACACGGGGGCCCCUCAGGGGUGCGUGCUUAGUCCCCUCCUGUACUCCCUGUUCACCCACGACUGCGUGGCCAAGCACGACUCCAACACCAUUAUUAUGUUUGCUUACGACACAACGUGGUAGGCCUGAUCACCGACAACGAUGAGACAGCCUAUAAGGAGGAGGUCAGAGACCUGGCAGUGUGGUGCCAGGACAACAACCUCUCCCUCAACGCGAGCAAGGCAAAGGAGAUGAUCGUGGGCUACAGGAAAAGGAGGGGUGAACCUUCCCCCAUUCACAUCGACGGGGCUGUAGUGGAGUGGGUCGAGAGUUUCAAGUUCCUUGGUGUCCACAUCACCAACAAACUAUCAUGCUCCAAACACACCAAGAAAGUCGUGAAGAGGGCACGACAAUGCCUUUUCCCCCUCAGGAGACUGAAAAGAUUUGGCAUGGGUCCCAAAUCCUCAAAAAGUUCUACAGCUGCACCAUCGAGAGCAUCCUGACCGGUUGCAUCACCGCCUGGUAUGGCAACUGCUCGGCAUCCGACCGUAAGGCGCAACAGAAGGUAGUGCGUACAGCCCAGUACAUCAAUGAGGCCAAGCUUCCUGCCAUCCAGGACCUCUAUACUAGGCAGUGUCAGAGGAAGGCCCAAAAUAUUGUCAAAGACUUCAGUCACCCAAGUCACAGACUGUUCUCUCUGCUACCACACAGCAAGCGAUACCGGAGCGCCAAGUCUAGGUCCAAAAGGCUCCUUAACAGCUUCUACCCCCAAGCCAUAAGACUGCUGAACAAUUAAUGAAAUGGCCACCCGGACUAUUUGCAUUGACACUCCCCCCCCCCCCCUUUUGUCUUUACACUGCUGCUACUCACUGUUUAUUAUCUAGUAAGCAUUUCACGGUAAGGUAUUCAGCGCAUGUGAUUAAAAUAAAAUGUGAUUUGAUUUGGUGUCCUGGAGGGCAGGCAGUGUGCCCCCUGUGAUGCGUUGGGCAGACCGCAUCACCCUCGAGAGCCCUGCGGUUGCGGGCGGUGCAGUUGCCAUACCAGGUGGUGAUACAGCCCGACAGGAUGCUCUCAAUUGUGCAUCUGUAAAAGUUUGUGAGGGUCUUAGGGGCCAAGCCAAAUUUCUUCAGCCUCCUGAGGUUGAAGAGGCGCUGUUGCACCUUCUUCACCACACUGUCUGUGUGGGUGGACCAUUUCAGAUUGUCAGUGAUGUGUACGCCGAGGAACUUGAAGCUUUUCACCUUCUCCACUGCAGUCCCGUCGAUGUGGAAAGGGGCUGUUUCCUGAAGUCCAUGAUCAGCUCAUUCGUUUUGUUGACAUUGAGGGAGAGGUUAUUUUCUUGGCACUACUCCGCCAGAGCCCUCACCUCCUCCCUGUAGGCUGUCUCAUCAUUUUUGGUAAUCAGGCCUCCUACUGUUGUGUCUGUAAACUUGAUAGAUUUGGUGGCGUGUGUGGCCACGCAGUCAUGGGUGAACAGGGAGUAUAGGAUGGGGCUGAGCACGCACCCUUGUGGGGCCCCAGUGUUGAGGAUCAGCGUAGUGGAGGUGUUGUUUCCUACCUUCACCACCUAGGGUGGCCCGUCAGGAAGUCCAGGACCCUGUUGCACAGGGCGGGGUUCAGACCCAGCUGAGCUUGGAGGGUACUAUGGUGUUGAAUGCUGAGCUAUAGUCAAUGAACUGCAUUCUUACAUAGGUAUUCCUCUUGUCCAGAUGGGAUAGGGAAGUGUGCAGUGUGAUGGCAAUUGCAUCGUCUGUGGAUCUAUUGGGGCGGUAUGCAAAUUGAAGUGGGUUUAGGGUGUCAGGUAAGGUGGAGGUAAUAUGAUCCUUAACUAGCCUCUCAAAGCACUUCAUGAUGACAGAAGAGAGUGCUACGGAGUGAUAGUCACUUAGUUCAGUUACGUUUGCGUUCUUGGGUACAAGAACAAUGGUGGCCAUCUCGAAGCAUGUGGGGACAGCAGACUGGGAUAGGGAGAGAUUGAAUAUGUCCGUAAACACACCAGCCAGCUGGUCUGCGCAUGCUCUGAGGACGCGGCUAGGGAUGCCGUCUGGGCCGGCAGCUUGCACGCUUAAAUGUCUUACUCACGUGGGCCACAGAGAACGAGAGCCCACAGUCCUUGGGAGCGGGCCGCGUCGGUGGCACUGUGUUAUCCUCAAAGCGGGUGAAGAAGGUGUUUAGCUUGUCCAGAAGCAAGACGUCGGUGUCCGCGACGUGGCUGGUUUUCCCUUUGUAAUCCGUGAUUGUCUGGAGUCCCUGCUACAUACGUCUCAUGUCUGAGCCGUUGAAUUGCGACUCCACUUUGUCUCUGUACUGACGUUUUGCCUGUUUGAUUGCCUUACGGAGGGAAUAACUACACCGUUUGUAUUAGACCAUAUUCCCAGUAACCUUGCCGUGGUUAAAUGCGAUGGUUCGCACUUUCAGUUUUGCGCGAAUGUUGCAAUCUAUCCAUGGUUUUUGGUUUGGGUAGGUUUUAAUAGUCACAGUUGGAACAACAUCCCCUAUACACUUCCUGAUGAACUCAGUCACCGUGUCCGUGUAUACGUCAAUGCAACCCGGGAACAUAUCCCAGUCCGCGUGAUCAAAACAAUAUUGAAGCAUGGAUUCCGAUUGGUCAGACCAGCGUUGAAUAGACCUUAGCACGGGUACUUCCUGUUUGAGUUUCUUCCUAUAGGAAGGGAGGGGUAGAAUGGAGUCGUGAUCUGAUUUGCCGAAAGGAGGCCGGGGGAGGGCCUUGUAGCCGUCCUGGAAGGUGGAGUAACAGUGAUGGAGAGUUUUUGAAGCGCGAGUACUACAGGCAAUGUGUUGAUAGAACUUCGGUAGCGUUUUUCUCAAAUCUGCUUUGUUAAAAUCCCCAGCUUUUAUUUCUAAUUUGAAUUGAAAUAAUUGUAUUGUUAAUUUCUUGUACACUGGCUAGUCACAGGGUACAUUUGAAUAGAAACAACUUUAUUGUUCAUCCUGACCAGUCACAGAGGUAAUUUGAAUUGAAAUAACUUCAUUAUUAAUUUCCUGCAGCGACCUACGUAAAGGUGUAUGUGUUGGAGAACGGGGCGUGUCUGGCUAAGAAGAAGACCAGAGUGGUGAAGAAGACUCUAGACCCCGCCUACCAACAGGCCUUGCUGUUUGAAGAGAGUCCUCAGGCCAAAGUCCUACAGGUAAAUACCUAGCUAUAUAUAGCAAUCUAUAAGUGGUAGAAAUAGGAUUUGUGGUUCGAGAACCCCAUAUGUUCGUCUUGCGUGGCCAGAAAAACACAUUUUUCUUCUCCUCCAAAUUUGUAUUUUAAAUACUUAAUUUUAUUGCAUCUCUAGCAGCGAUACCAUUUUUUGGAUGGUUAGCUAAUCAAAGCGUUGACUUCAUUUCCCGUCCCACUUCUCUCUCUCCCACCCUCUCUCUCUCUCUCCCCACUUCUCUCUCUCUCUCUCCCCACCUCUCUCUCUCCCACCUUCUCUCUCUCCCCCCACCCUCUCUCUCUCUCCCCACCUCUCUCUCUCCCACCCUCUCUCUCUCUCUCCCCACCUCUCUCUCUCCCACCCUCUCUCUCUCUCUCCCCCCCUCUCUCUCUCCCACCCUCUCUCUCUCUCCCCACCUCUCUCUCUCCCUCCCUCUCUCUCUCUCCCACCCUCUCUCUCUCGCUCCCCACCUCUCUCUCUCUCCCACCCUCUCUCUCUCGCUCCCCACCUCUCUCUCUCCCCACCUCUGUCUCUCCCCACAUCUCUCGCUCCCCACCUCUCUCUCUCCCACCUCUCUCUCCCUCCCAGGUGAUUGUGUGGGGCGACUAUGGGCGGAUGGACCACAAGGUCUUCAUGGGCAUGGCUCAGAUCAUGCUGGAUGACUUGGACCUUGGUGCCACGGUGAGCGGAUGGUACAAGCUGUUCCCCACCUCGUCUCUGGCUGACCCCAGCAUCGGACCCCUCACACGGCGACUGUCCCAGUCCUCACUGGAGAGCUGUGCCACCAGCCCCUCCUGUACCUAGUCAGAGAGAACUAUAUAGCUACAGUAUACACACACACACACAC